AUGGCCAACGAGACUUUCCUCGCCCGCCUGUGCGAGCAGGCCGAGCGCUACGAUGAGAUGGUUACUUACAUGAAGGAGGUCGCCAAGCUCGGCGGUGAGCUUACGGUUGACGAGCGCAACCUUCUGUCGGUCGCCUACAAGAACGUGGUUGGUACCCGCCGUGCCAGCUGGCGUAUCAUCUCCUCGAUCGAGCAGAAGGAGGAGUCCAAGGGCGCCGAUAAGCAUGUCGGCACCAUUCGCGACUACCGCCAGAAGAUCGAGACGGAGCUCGAGAAGGUCUGCGAGGAUGUCCUCGACGUUCUCGACGACGCUCUCAUCCCCAACGCUGCUUCGGGCGAGUCUAAGGUUUUCUAUCACAAGAUGAAGGGUGAUUACCACCGUUACCUCGCCGAGUUCGCCUCUGGCGAGAAGCGCAAGGUUGCCGCCACUGCCGCUCACGAGGCUUACAAGAGCGCCACCGAUGUUGCGCAGACCGAGCUGACCCCCACUCACCCCAUCCGCCUGGGUCUCGCCCUUAACUUUUCGGUGUUCUACUACGAAAUCCUCAACUCCCCCGACCGCGCUUGCCACUUGGCUAAGCAGGCCUUUGACGACGCCAUUGCCGAGCUUGACUCGCUCUCCGAGGAGUCGUACCGCGAUAGCACCCUCAUCAUGCAACUGCUGCGCGACAACCUCACCCUCUGGACCUCGUCUGACAACGGCGAGCCCGAGGGUGGCGCUGACGCCCAGAAGGAGGAGAAGACUGCUGAUGCGUUGCCCAAGGUCGAGGACGGUCCCCCCACGGAAGACCCCGCGCCGGAGCAACAGUAA